GAAGCGUAGAAGAAGAGCGCUACCCUCUCGCUUUCCGUAUCACUUACGAAAUGGCGUGGUAGCAUUUCUGCUAACAGCACCGACAUUGAGCGCAUAAAAUACUUACCUUGAUUUGAAGAAAAGUCAGGCCAUAACAAUGGUUACCGGAAAACGUUUGGCCGACAUGGGGUACCGGGCCUUUUCGGCCUCCAUGAUGCUGCUGACCCUCUACGGUGGCUACCUGUGCAGCAUGCGGGCCUACCGCUACACGCAGAGGCAAAAGGAGCUCAAAAUGGCCGCCGAAAACCAGGAUCCAGAGAUGAUGAAAGACUAACACCAACCUGGAACCCUCCAAUCACCCAAACCCCAUUGGGACAUUUGUAUGACGUAAUGAUUUUGAACACAGCAGUUGGUGCAACAUUAAAGCAUCUUUCAACAAUGAAUGACAACUUAAGACAAGAAACUCAUCUAUUGCAGUGAUAUGAUGCAUGUUCAAUUUCACUUAAAUGGUUUGAAAAUGGUUUUGAAUAUUGUUUAUUUACAAUAAAUUAUGUCUUUUCGUUCA